AUGCACCGCAGACACACCAAACACACCAUUCCACAUGGCCUCUCCUUUUUACCUCUGGCCCCUCGAAGAAGAACCGAGUACUCAAGACUUCUGACUACGGUUGAGUCGAGGGCUCAAGCUAGUGGGUCGCCAGACAGGACUUGGCCGCCCUGGGUCUAUGCGUUCAGCCGGAUUCGUCAAAACGGGGGGUUCACUCAACCCAAAUUGACGACAGAUGGUCACCUGGUCGUGUUGCUAGGGCCCCGCCUCAAACCUGUUAGAUUUGCGCGUGGCCUGUUUACCUUGUUAACCGGUGCCGUGGUCACAAAUGCCCACAAAUAUUUGCACCGAGAUACCCAACUGUCAAUGUGCCUCAUUCUCUCUUGCGGCCUAUCACCAACCCGCCAACCAGCCAGCCAGCUGGCCGAUUUGCUGUCUACCCAUCCAUACAGUUAUUUCUCCAUCUUUCUGUCAACAGUUUUUCCUCCAUGUGCGUUUGCCCAUAAUUACAUCUAUCUAUCAACUAGUGUACAUAUUUGA